AAAUAAAAGAGGAAUUCGCGUUGGAGUAGAAAAAGGCGAACCUCCAACUCAAAAGAUAUUUUCUUAAGUCUGGUCCUCGCCGGAUUCGGUCUCCACCUCUCUCGCUCUCUCUCUCUGCUUCUAGGGUUUCUUCCCGUCGCUCCUAGUCAUCGUUUCAGGGGUUUCUGCCCAACCUGUCCAGAAAGGGGAAAGUUUAGGGUUGAUGGUCCGUUGCUCACAUUUCUUAGAUCUGUUGUGAUUUUGCUGGAUCGAGGUUGUGGAGUUAGGGUUUAGAUUGAUUUUCCUUGAAUUAUGCGAACCUCAUGGGCUGAUUCGGUCGCGAACGCCGAGAGCUCGGCGGCCGCCACCGGUUCUUCUGCUAGCAACGCCACCGCUGCUGCUCCUCGUCACGCUCGCAGUACCUACGUCCCGCCUCAUCUCCGCAGCCGCCCGUCGUCGUCCGAGCCCCCGGCCCCAGCUCCUGUCGAUGCCCCCUCUGCUGCGUCGCGGCCGUCCGGGUAUGGUGGGUCUGCCGGUGGGAACCGCUGGGGCGGAGGACCCGUUCGUGAUUUGGGCCGCCCUGGGUUUGGUGGAAGCCGCGGAGGGGGUGGUUGGAAUUCGAGAACUGGUGGAUGGGAUCGAAGGGAGCGGGAGGUGAAUCCCUUUGCUAAUGAUGACGAAACAACCGAGGCUGCAUUUGAUGAUCAGGAGAACACUGGCAUCAAUUUUGAUGCAUACGAGGACAUCCCUGUUGAAACGAGUGGUGAGAAUGUACCACCACCCGUGAACACAUUUGCUGAGAUUGAUCUAGGGAAUGCACUGAAUGAGAACAUAAGGAGGUGCAAGUACGUGAAGCCGACACCAGUCCAGCGCCAUGCAAUCCCAAUCUCCAUUGGGGGGCGGGACCUGAUGGCCUGUGCUCAGACAGGGUCAGGAAAGACAGCAGCUUUCUGCUUCCCAAUAAUUAGUGGGAUCAUGAGGGGGCCACCUGCGCAGAGGCCACGGGGUGCAAGGACGGUUUACCCGCUUGCACUGAUUUUGUCACCCACAAGGGAGCUCUCUGUCCAAAUAAAUGAGGAGGCUAGAAAGUUUGCCUACCAGACUGGAGUUAGGGUCGUUGUUGCUUAUGGAGGAGCACCAAUCAAUCAACAGGUUUUUCACUUUUUAUUUGAUUUUUGCCAAAGUUUCAAAUGCCGGUACGGAUAUCGUACAAUUUUUUUUUGCCAGAAUGGUAGUACCAGGAACUGACACUAUGUAGGAUAGCAUCCUAUACUGAUACACAGUGUACAGAUGCCACAAACCUUGGAUAGUACGGUACUGUUCAUACAAACCUUGAUUUUGUUCUGGCAUUUGAAACAUUUUUAGGUUUUUAUUUUGUUGUUGAGCCUGUAGAAAAUUUCGUUUACAGCAUAUUGUUCUGAUAUGCGCUGAUUCUGUGUGGAGUUUGACUUAUGAUGGAUGGUUGUCACAAGCAGUUCUUGCUUUUUGCCCAUCUGC